AUGUCUAUUCCAGUGUCCAUUCAUGCUAUAGUUUAUCCAAGUAUGAUCUCUGCUCCAAAAAGGUUCAUAAACGUCCCUAUUGGUGAGACUGUGUCAUUUAGGUGGCACUACAAUUCAGGAGAUCUAAAGAAUGAUCUUUUCGAGGUUGUGUUUGGUGUUUGGAAGAGUCCUGGCUUCCUGAAAACAAAGUUGAUAGCUGUCAACUCGAGUGGUUUUGCCUCAACAAGGUCUUCAUAUAAGUCCUCCGUGGGUUGGGCAGGAAAUUUGACAUCCUCUGUCGCAGUGUUUGAACUUUACAAUGUAAAACUUGAAGAUGGCAAGACGUAUGGAAUAGUGGUAGAAUACGGACUUCAGAAUACCCCGUUGACCGACUCGGUCCAACUUCAAGUUGAGUCCAGAGGUAAGUAGUAUCGUUCAAGACAGCACAGAGAAUAUUCGUUCUGACCUAAAAUUGUAUUUCAGAUUACAGUGAUUAUGGUUCAUUUGUGGCUUCCACGACGGGGUCCGCAGAAAAGAGGUAUAUGAAAGUAUCUUCAAUAGUGGCAACAAUUGAUAAGGUUGAAGGGAAAUUUUUUUGUUCAGUCGGGAUCAAAGUUGUAGUUCCUUUAUCGGAAGGGUCCCUGAAAUCGCAAGACCGCACUGGAUUAUCAGGAGAAAUCGUCAAAAGUACUUCCAAGAUCACUACGAAUUGCGAGUAUAAUACCUUUUGCGGUAAUUGCAGAUUGUUGUUAUUUCUUUUUCAUAAAUACAAUUAAAACUGUUAUACUACACGAGCUCUGUUACCUUAGUGAAUGGACAAACAUUACAUUUAGUCACUGGAUGAUUGAUCUAGACAAUUUUGUUCCAUUCCUGAUCUGCCGAGAAUUGAGGUAACCAACGUCAAUAAACUGCCGCUGCGUCAUAGGGGUGGUAAGACAUUUUUUUAACAUACUUUUCGGAAAAAAGAAGAAAUAAUUGAAGACCACAAGGAAGAGCGCAGUUUAGAAGAUAACGUGUGUCGGGUGCGGAGAUCUGGGGUCUAGCUGUUGAACUGAUUCUAUGUUCUCGACUCCUUUAAACUUCUUUACUCCACCAAUUGUAUUUCCGAAGUUUUAACACUGCCAGAUAUUAAAGUUGAUUUUGCAUAAACUAUCAUACACAGGUCCACCAGAAACCGCUAUUCCACAACAGACAGAUGUCUCCACAGUUACGAGAGCAACAAGUACAUGUACAGGAUCUCUAGAUACAUCGGAAGGUAAUGUUCCUUUUUUUUUUGGUUUGCCCCCUCUAAGUUACAGUAUUUUUGCACCAGUAAGCCUGUAGGUAAAUUACAAGAGAAUUACGGAAGAAACUUAUUUUCUUUAGUAGCUUUUUAUCAUCUUAACAAUAAAUAUUUCCCACAAGUCUAGAAGAUAUUAGCUCUACAGCUACACUGUGAAUUUCGAGCAUAAAUAAAGUAUAUGUAUGUAUGUAUGUAUGUAUGUACUCUACAAACCAACCGACCCCUUUUCAGGACCGGUAGCCUGAGCUGAGACUGCAAGUGAUUUCACAUAUUACAAGUUCAAACACUUUAUCAGUUACCAUCCAACAUGUAAGAAUACUUUUACUCCUAUUAAUUAACCUUCAAACGGAUCUUCAUACUCAUUUAGCCAUCUACCCUUUUACAUUAUCUACUAAUCCAACUACUACGGUUUAAUCAUCAGAGUUGUUGUUGUUCUUUCUUUUUUAUGUCUGUUCUAGAACCCGGCGUUUCAGUGCCAAGAAAAUCCUCGGAAGAAUCCUCCUUUAAAUUGGUGGUGGCAUGUGGAAUCAUCGUAUGUAUUGUGAUAUCACCAAUUGUGGGCCUUUACUUUCACCAUCAUAGAAAAAGCCCUAAAAAUGGUGUAAACAAUUAUAGCUGCAAGACAUUUCUUGUACAUGACUAACCCUUAUUCAUUAAAAGCAACAAAAAUGAAUUCGGCGUUUGAUCCUGGGAGAUUCAUGCUAAGAAAUUAAAAGGUCUAAACACCGUGUUACUGCUCUAACAGCAUCAGUUAUGUUUAAUGUAGCACGCCAAAAGUUUCAGAUGUCGGAUUCAUUUCAAUCGAACCAAACUCAGCGCGUUUGAUGUAAAUAUAAUUCCACCGAGCUGGUAGGUUUACUAAUUCUAAAUAUCCGAUUAGUAGUUCAAAACACAAGUGCGUUGUAAGGUGAACCAACUCAAUGAUGUAAAUUACAAUAAUUUACAAUUGAUGAUAAGUGUAUAAUGUUUCUUUCUUUCUGUUUAGUGACUCUUGAAAGUUUUCAAGCGAUGAUACAUUUCUAAAUGCUCGUGUUUCCCCUCUCUCUGAUGAGUGUUUUCGAGCGAUCUUACGGUCUGCGUAAUCAUUUCGACUUACUGAGUUAGUAAGAUUAGGGCUGGGUCGCAUUCCGGACAAUUUUGCUGAAAAUUGUUUUCUCUAGGGUCUAAAAGUUGUCAACACAUCUGUUUUCUAAUGCGACCCUCAUUUGUGAUUUUUCAAAAUUUCAAAAUCGGGAAAAACACCAAAGACACCGGUGUGCUUGGGUGGGGCUGACCAAUUUUUCCAAAUCUCGAAAAACCAAGGGAGCCUGCCGCUAAAGCUGUCAACAGUUGAAAAGAAUGACUCCCGAUAUAGACGGCAAGGUCACGAACGCGAAAAAUAGCGCGAAAUUUCAUCAUUCACAUUGACGUUUUCAUUACGUGCAGUUCGAAGCUACAGAGACUACGGCCAUCAAAUGCCAAGAAGUGAGCAGUAUUCCUUCCUUCAAGGGCCUGGGAAACACACCCCCAAUUUGGCCUGUUGUGAGCGCUGAACAAAGAAAACCUGAGAGUCACUGUUACCCUUUUCGGCCGCAUGGCAAGUGUCGUGACUGAACACAAUUUCACCGCUCAAAUUUCCCCUGUAUGAUUGACGCUUGCAUUUUCGCUUGUUGAAAUACAACCGUAUAAGCUCAAUGAUAUUUUCAUUUCCGGUCUGAUGCAAUUUGUUUUUUCAGCCAAUUUUUUCAAGUCAGAAUAAAAAUUGGUCUGUAAUGCGACCCGGCCCUUAGGUAGGAGAUCUAACUUUUUUAUUUGGGGGCAAAUUAAUUCGUAUGUAACUAAAAUGUAUCAAUAGUGCGGAAUGGUACCAAGCUAACAUUCUAUACACUUUUGUUGAUCUUGUCAAUGAAGUCAGGUUUUGAUGACAGUACUCUACGCUUAUCGAAAGUUUACCUAAAGUAUUUAACCCCAUAAGCACAUCCGAUACGAUAAUUUCUAAUCGAUCUCAUCGUUUCCUGCUGACUGACUGCUUUAUGUGUUUAAUUCAAAUGAAGUAAUAUUC